AUGUACACAACAGUAUGUACCUGCAAAAAUACAAAUAAUAAUUAUGUAGUUUUACUAUAUCCCAAGUAUCACCUGAAGGUGCUGCUGGGGGGCGGCGAGGUGCCGCGGCUGCCGGGAGGCGGCGCGUUGGCGCACCACCACCCCCACCCGCCCCCGCCGCCCGUGCGUUGCACACUGCGGAAGCACAAGCCCAACCGCAAGCCGCGCACGCCCUUCACGACGCAGCAGCUGCUGUCGCUGGAGAAGAAGUUCCGCGAGAAGCAGUACCUGUCCAUCGCCGAGCGCGCAGAGUUCUCCUCCUCGCUGCACCUCACCGAGACGCAGGUGAAGAUCUGGUUCCAGAACCGCAGGGCGAAGGCGAAGCGACUGCAGGAGGCGGAGAUCGAGAAGCUGCGGCUGUCGGCGCGGCCGCUGCUUCCGCCGUCGUUCGCGCUCUUUGGCCCUCCGCCCCCGCACGCGCCACACGCCCCGUUCUUCGCUGCGGCCGCGAUGGCGGCUGCGGCGGCGGCGGCCGGGGCCGGAGGCGGCGCCGGCGGGGGCGUCGCUGGGGGCGGCGCGAUGCUGCGGCCGCCGCACGCGCCCGGGCUCGGGGGCGGCAUCUUCGGGACGCAGCCGCACUGA